GUUUAUUCACCGUCGGUCGAUCGAAAAUUCGCUGUGUUUCAGUAUCCAUACCUUGGCAUCGCGAAAUGGUUCGAACUAUAGCGGAAACGACUAUUGGAUUAUUCUAUCUAUUGAUUUCAAUGUCAAUGCCAAUGCUGAGUAGGGAAUUUGAAUUGGAAAGUGACAAACAACUUCCCACUGAGGAGAAUGCGUGGAAUACCAACUGUUCUUGUUUAAGAAACACGAGUGACUGCAGCAUCGAAGCUAUUGUGAAUUAUGGAAUCGUAGAUAGUGAACUUCCACUAAAAAUUGAUUGCACGAAGAAUCCAAUAUUUAAUCAUCAUACAUUGAAGGUAUUCGCAAAUGUACGCAGUUUCAGUUUGAAUGGUUGCAGGGCUAGGGGUAACGAGCUGGGUCUACGAUAUUUACAAUUCCCAGGAUUAGUUGACAAGUUGAAGUUGAAAAACUUUUGUGUAGAAAAAUGGAACGGAAGCAUUUUCAGGAAAUUCGUUAAUUUGAAAGAGAUAAUUCUUGAAAACGUCCACUUCAAGCAGAUAACAACAAUGAGAAGCUUUGAUAGUAUGCAAAAAGUGGAAGUGUUAAAAAUGAAAAAUAUGCAGACGGAGAACAUUAAUGCGCAUAUCCGAGAUUUAUUCGAAAACUUGCGGGAAUUGUCACUAGUUAAUUGUAGUAGCUUGAAUUUAGAGCUGAUCAAAUUGAAUAGGUUGGAAUAUUUAACAAUGAAUAAUACAUUAAUUUCCGAUGUAUCAACAAUGUUUCUAAAUUUUCCAAUGAAUUUGAUAUCCUUCAACGCAACAGAAAUAUAUAGCAUGAAAGACUCACAAAUAUAUCUUAAUGAAAGCGAUCAACUACGAAUUCAAGAAAUAAUUUUUAUGCGAUCAAAUAUUGAUAAGUUGUCAGUUUGUAACCUUCGUUACAUUGAAUUACUAGACUUUACGCAGAACCAUAUCGACGAAACUUGCUUCGAGAUCUGCAACCUCCCUUCAUUGAAAACUUUGUGUCUAGCAAGAAACAAGUUCACCACUUUAUUGGCCUCGAAUGUAUAUAAAUGUGAAAACGUCAGCGUUAUUGAUCUUAGUUUCAACAGAAUAAGUUAUUUAAAUGAAGAUACUUUUAUUGAAUUUGAACAUCUUGAGAAUUUGAUUUUAUCAGCCCGACCAUUGGGUCUCAUUCAACCGUACCCGACUGAAACCAUCGUUGAACCACUUUCCAUUCCAUCGAAACGUAAAGUGCUUGUUGCAACUGUCGCAUUCGGAAUACUCCUAUCUCAUGUGAUUUUCAUGAUAUACAACAGAUACAAGCGCAAUCGGUUCAAACCAUUCUACCAAAGAUUACCAAAGGAGAAAAAUAUACUACCGAACGUACGAGAAACGAUAACAACCCGAACAGAUUCAUUCUAUUACGAACAACCGCUGCAAAUCCGUUCUGAAAGCGUAUCGCAAAUUCAUAAUAUCUAUGAAGAGAUACCUGAAACAGUUUCAAACGAGCCAUCAUAUGAUCAUCUACAAUUCCAUGUAUUUGAUAUAGAAGAUGGAAAUGUUUUGCAAGUAUAGUUUAAUGGGAGCCUAAUAAUACAUUUAUGUACAUAUAUCGAUUUGU